GCUGAGACCAUCAACAAGGAAGAGCCAAGGCUCAACAUCCUAAUCAACAAUGCUGGCGUCAUGGUGUGUCCAUAUGGGAAGACGGUGGACGGAUUUGAAAUGCAGAUCGGUGUGAACCACAUGGGUCAUUUCCUGUUGACACACUUGUUGAUCGACCUGAUCAAAAGGUCAACCCCAACCAAAAUCAUCAACUUUCCUUCUUUGGCCCACUCCUGGGGUACGAUCAACCUGGAUGACAUCAACAGUGACAAGGGCUAUGAAAAGAUUAAAGCGUACAACCAGAGCAAGCUCGCUAACGUCCUCUUCACCCGAUCCCUGGCAAAAAAGAUACAAGGUACAGGCGUGACGGCUUACUCCCUCCAUCCCGGCGUGGUCCAGACCGACCUGUGGAGACACGUCAAUGGAGCCCAGGCGGCUUUCAUGAAGAUGAUCAGCCCCUUCACCAAGACCUCUGCCAAGGGAGCCCAGACCUCCAUCUACUGUGCUGUGGCCCCCGAACUGGAGACCGAGAGUGGCGGCUACUACAGGGGAACAAGCUCCUCUCGAAUGUAG